AUGGAGGCCAUGGGCAGAGGGCCUGAGCGGGCCCUCAGGACCCCGAGAACUCCCGGCAGCACUGUCCUGCUGUUCACGGGGCUGCUGGCCACAGGCCUGGCUCAGUCGCAGGUCCCUGCCUUGGUCCACCGAGACUUCUGGGCCCUGCCUGAAAAUGUGACGGUCUUGGAGGGGGCCACAGCUGAGCUGCAGUGCGGGAUCAGCGCCCCUGGCAGUACGGUGCAGUGGGCCAAGGAUGGACUUCUUCUAGGCCCCGACCCAAGGAUUCCUGGCUUCCCACGGUACCGCCUCAAGGGAGACCCUGCUAAAGGAGAAUUCCACCUACAUAUCACAGCGUGUGACCUCAGUGACGAUGCAGAAUAUGAGUGCCAGGUCGGCCGUUCAGAGACAAGUCCCGAACUUGUGUCUCCCAAAGUGAUCCUCUCUGUCUUGGUGCCCCCCAAAGUGCUCCAGAUGACCCCUGAGGCAGGGACUUUGGUUACCUGGGUAGCUGGACAGGCAUACACAGUCACCUGUGUCACUGGAGAUGCAAAGCCAGCACCUGACAUCACCUUCUUCCAGAGUGGACAAACCAUUUCUGACGUCUUUGUUGACGUGAAUGAUGGAUCUCAGGAGAGACUCUUCACCACAGAGGCCACAGCCAGGGUGACUCCUCAGAGCUCAGACAAUGGGCAAUUGCUGGUUUGUGAGGGGUCCAGCCCAGCUUUGGAAUUCCCCAUGAAGGUCUCAAUCACCAUGAAUAUUUUGUUCCCACCAGGACCCCCUGUCAUUGAGUGGCCAGGCCUGGAUGAGGGGCAUGUGCGUGCUGGGCAGAUCUUGGAGCUGCCGUGCAAAGCCCAAGGGGGGAACCCACCAGCCACCCUGCAGUGGCUGAAGAAUGGCCAGCCCGUGUCCACAGCAUGGGGCACACAGCAUGCUCAGGCAGUGGCCCGCAGUACACUGCUGAUGACUGUGCGGCCCGAGGACCAAGGAGCCCGGCUCAGCUGUGAGGCCCACAACAGCGUGUCCACAGAGACCCAGGAACGUAGUGUCACCUUGCAGGUCAUCUUCCCCCCCAGUGCCAUUACCAUCCUGGGGUCUGUGUCCCAGGCUGAGAACAAGAACAUGACCCUCGCCUGCGUCAGUAAGUCCAGCCGCCCACAAGUCCUGCUGAAGUGGUGGCUGGGCUGGCGGCAGCUGCUGCCCACGGAGGAAACAGUCAUGGAGGGCCUCCAUGGUGGCCACAUCUCCAUGUCCAACCUGACAUUUCUGGCACGGAGAGAGGACAACGGGCUGACGCUCACUUGUGAGGCCUUCAGUGAGGCCUUUACCAAGGAGACUUUCAAGAAGUCGCUCACCCUAAAUAUCAAAUAUCCUGCUCAGAAGCUGUGGAUCGAGGGUCCUCCAGAAGAGCAGCGACUCCGGGCUGGAACUCGUGUCAGGCUGGUGUGUUUGGCCAUAGGGGGCAACCCAGAACCUUCUCUAACCUGGUACAAGGACUCCCGCACAGUGACCGAGCCGCGGUCUCCGCAGGAGCCACGGCAGGUGCAGCUGGGAAAUCUGGAGAAGUCGGGAAACACUUUCUCCCGCGAGCUGGUGCUGAUCACCAGCCCAUCCGACAACAAAGCCAAGUUCACAUGCAAAGCAGGCCGUCUCAGCUCGUCCACACAGCUCGUGGUGCAGUUUCCCCCAACAAACGUGACAAUCCUGGCCAACAACUCGGCGCUGCGCCCCGGGGACGUGGUAAACCUGACGUGCAUCAGUAUCAGCAGCAACCCCCCCGUCAACCUGUCGUGGGACAAGGAGGGGGAGAGCCUGGAAGGCGUGACCGCGCCGCCCCGGAGCGCCCCCUACAAGGGCUUCGGCGCAGCCAUGAGCGUCCUGCUGCGAGUGGCAUCCCGCGACAACAGCCACCGCGUCAUCUGCCGUGCAUACAGCGCCGAGCUCCAGGAGACCGUCAGCGCCUUCUACAGCCUCAAUGUGCUGUACCCUCCCGAGUUUCUGGGAGAGCAGAUUCCUGUGGUGACCGCCGUGGAGCACGGCGAGGUCACACUGCCCGUGUCCGUGUCUGCCAACCCCGCUCCCGAAGCCUUCAACUGGACAUUCCGGGGCUACAGGCUCAGCCCAGUUGGCGGACCCCGGCAUCGUAUUCGGCCUGACGGAGCUCUGCAGCUGUGGAACGUGACUCGCGCGGACGAUGGCCUCUAUCAACUGUACUGCCAGAACUCAGAGGGCACCGCUGAGGUGCUUGUGCGUCUGGACGUGCACUAUGCGCCCAACAUCCGCACCCUCCAGGAUCCCACUGAGGUGGAUAUCGGAGGUUCUGUGGAAAUAGCCUGCACCGUUGAAGCCAACCCCAUCCUCCCAGGGAUGUUCAAUUGGGAAAAGCUAGAGGAAGAGGAGGAGGACCAGAGCAUGGAUGACAUAGAGCAAGGAUCAAAGGGAUCCACAGGAUAUCUGAAGAUUCAAAAGGCCAAACUGGCCCAGGCUGGCGCGUACCAGUGCAUCGUGGACAAUGGGGUGGCACCUCCAGCCCGAGGGCUGGUUCGCCUUAUCGUCAGAUAUGCACCUCAGGUGGAGCACCCCACUCCCCUAAGUAAGGUGGCUGCAGCUGGAGACAGCACCAGUUCUGCCACCCUCCAUUGCCGUGCCAGAGGUGUCCCCAAUAUUGUCUUUACUUGGGCUAAAAAUGGAGUCCCACUGGACCUCCAGGAUCCCAGGUACGUGGAGCACACAUACCACCAAGGUGGGGUCCACAGUAGCCUCCUGACCAUUGCCAACGUGUCUGCAGCCCAGGAUUAUGCCCUCUUCACCUGCACAGCCACCAACCCCCUUGGCUCAGAUCACACCAACAUUCAACUCGUCAGCAUCAGCCGCCCUGACUCCCCAUCGGGAUUAAAGGUGGUGAGCAUGACCCCUCACUCCGUGGGGCUGGAGUGGAAGUCUGGCUUUGAUGGGGGCUUGCCACAGAAGUUCCACAUCAGAUACGAGGCCCUGGGGACUCCGGGGUACCUCUAUGUGGAUGCCCUACCACCCCAGGCCACCACCUUCACAUUGACUGGGCUGCAGCCGUCUACACAGUACAGGAUCUGGCUGCUGGCCAGUAAUGCCUUGGGGGACAGUGAAUUGACUGGCAAAGGAAUCCAGCUCUCAGUUACCACUCCAGGCCUGGACCACCCUUCUGGAGAACCUGGCCACCAGCCUCCUACAGAGCAGCCCACAGGACCCCCGGGGCUGCCCCUGCUGCCUGUGUUGUUUGCUAUUGGGAGUCUCCUGCUACUUUCCAAUGGAUUCUGUGUUGGGGGAUUCCUCUGGAAGUGGAGACAGAGGCACCUUGCUGAGGGUAUCUCAGAGAAGACAGAAGCAGGGUCAGAGGAGGACCGAGUCAAGAACGAAUACUCAGAGAGUCAGUUGACUAGAGACCGGGACACUCGCAGCUCCAUAGUCAGCACAUCAGAUGUAGAGCUGUAUUACCACUCCAUGAGGGACUUCAGCCCUCAGCUCUCCCCCAUGCCGGAGGAAGAGCCUUCCCCCCGAGGUUUCACAGGUCUUCAGGAUGAGUGUACAGCGUUUCCAGGACCCCUGUAUGAUGAGGUGGAAAGACAGAAUGCUCCUUCUGUAGCAUGGGGAGCCCUCUAUGACGAAGUACAGAUGGGGCCCUAUGGCUGUCAUUGGCCUGAACACAAGUACGAAGACCCAAGAAGAAUCUACGAUCAGGUGGCAGGUGACCUGGGCAUGGAAGAAACUGAUUCUCUGCCCUUUGAGCUAAGGGGACACCUGGUAUAA